UCAGCAAGGCUGGAUUUCAAGGAAAUGUAGGAGGAAAUCUGAAGGACAAUCCCAUUCUAUGUUUUCACUUGGCUUGGAAUGCAUCAUUCCCCAUCCUUGAUCUACUUCUAACGCUGCUUUGGCUUUGAGCUUUGAUAAGAAGUAACUUUCCUGUUGCUUGUUUAAAAACCUGCCUGGUGCCACUGACUUGGUUGGAGCCAGCAAAGAGGGGUGAGUGCAGCGCUGGAUGGGGCCAGCAGCGUGGCAGCUGCAUGCUGUGAGCACAGUCAGCUACGGGGUGCUGCAGUGGCACAGGCAGCAAUGGGGUGACAGCAGGCACUGCUCCCUUCUUGUCCUGUCAGCAAUGUCCUGCCUCCUCCUCUCCCCCACAUGCUGCAGUGCAGUGCUGUGGGGGUUCCCUGCACAGCAGCAAUGCAAAAACACUGCUGCCUGGUGGGAGGUCCUUCCCUGCCCCCUGGUGCUACUGCGGGGUCACAAGGGUUCCCAAAAUAGUAGAGUGAUCUGAGCCAUUCCCAGCCGGAGCCAAGCAGGGCUGUGACAUGUCCCUGCACCCAGACAGGCGGUGUGGGGCACGGGGUGCUGGUGGGGCUGUGCCUCAGGCGGUGGAGGCAGCAGGUCCAGCCGUGGCUCCUUCUGCAGGCUGGGUUCUGCAUCAUGGGCAGUCCCGUGGGCAGAGGGGAUGAGCGGCGGGAGCCCAUCUGCACACGGAAGGCAGAGGGCCCAGCACAGGCAUUCUGGCAGGCACUGCUGGCUGGGGAGCAGGGGGUUGUGGCCGACCUCCUCAGCCACCCUCAGCACCAGCUCAGUCCCCGCACGGUGUUUGACACCAGUGACCUGGAGGAGUGGAGGAACUACCGCUUCAAUUUCCGUGGGCUGAGACUGUGGUCUCUGAGCUACGAGCAAGAGCUCACCACACCACUACACAUCACAGCCAGCCGGGGCUACACAGACUGCCUGCAUCUCCUGCUGCUCAGGGGUGCUGCCGUCAACUUUGCACCGGGGGGUAAGACUGCCCUGCACGAGGCUUGUGUGGCAGCCAGCGCUGACUGCGUGCGCCUGCUGCUCAGCUUUGGCGCUGAUCCUGAGGCUGUCUCUGAGGAUGGCUACAGGCCUCUGCAUCUCUGCAAGAGCCCAGACUCCAUCAAGUGUGUUCAGCAGCUGCUGAAGCACGGUGCCCAUGUAAACAGCCGGACAGAGGAGGAGGAGGACACGGUGCUGCACGUGGCAGCACGGCACGGCCUCAUCGAUCAUGUCCAGCUGCUGCUGCAGCACGGGGCAGAGCUGGAGGCGAGGAACGAGGAGGGGCAGACACCGCUGAAUGCUGCCUGUGCGCAGCCCCACUCAGCCCAGGACAUGGAGCGCUACUACAGGGUGUGCCAGCUGCUGGUGCAGAGCGGUGCCAGCGUCAAUGCUGCUGACAGGGACCAUCAGCACCCCCUGCACUUGGCCUGCAAGAACGCCAACGCUCAGAUAGCAGAGCUGCUGCUGGCCCAGGGUGCAAACGUCAACAUCAUGAACUACAGCGGCAACACAGCCCUGCACAACAUCCUGCAGGCAGCUGCCUACAAGCUGGAGCACCAUCCCGAGCUUGUGGUGCGGACCCUGCUCAACUACGGGGCCAUCCGCAUCUGGCCUGGCUCCCUCCUCAAGGUGCUGCGGUACUGCAAUGCCUGCCCGCGAGCCAUCGAGGCCCUGAUGAACUGCUAUGACCACGUGCGCGUGUCCGAGGAGUGGGUGUCGGCGGUGCCAGCAGAGGUUGUGCAGAAGUAUCCCCGCUUCUACCAGUCGCUGUUCUCCCUGGAGCACAGGCCCCGCUCCCUGCAGCACUUGGCCCGCUGCACGCUCAGGGCCUUCCUGGAGGGACGGCUGCUCCCGGUGCUCUCCCAGCUGCACCUGCCCAGUGCCCUGCAGCGCUUCCUGCUGCUCAGCUUCGAGGACGUUCUCUAUUGAGCGAGCAGCCCUGCAUCCCACCGCGUCUUUCUGUGCAGAUGUUACAUCCUUCCUGCUGAUCCCUUCCCUCUUGCUGCACUAUGCCAGCCCCUCUGCUGUCCCUGCCAUCCCUGUGUGCUGCCUCCUGCGCCUAUGGAGCACUCCAUGCACCCACAUGAUCUAGGACAAGCUCCAGACUCACCAAGGAAAGCACGAGAUGAGCAUCGGGGCAUUUUGUGGAUCGGGGAAAUGUGCUGGACUGAUCUCAGCUUUGUUGUAGGCUAUCAGCCCUCCUACCCCAAACCUACAAACUCUAAUCAGACCCAGGCGGCUCUGCUGUCGCGGACAUCUGUUGGGAUCUUAUCUUUUGUCAUGUUUACAGUUUGUACACAAGGCUGUUUGGAAUAAACACUAAUAAAUGCCAGCCUACAACUUCUGCCCUGCCUUGCAGACUGCGUGUCCCAGCUCAGUGUGACAGCUGUGCACAGCAGCACAUAUGCACAGACCUAUGCGUCCAUCUGCUCCUCUGAGGACCAGGGACGAAGGGUGGUGGGCACGGAGCUGAGGCCUCCUGAAUGCACUCUUCCAGUGCAGGUUCAGUAUCCGGAUUUGCCUGGUCAUGCAGCUUAGAGCAGGAACUGUUCCAGCUCCAGAGCUGUGGGGUGACGAGGAAGUGUGCCCUGGGAGCACCGUUCUCCUGGGCACAGAGCAGCCUGCCCCUGUGCCCCCAGCCAGCAUCUGAUGGCCCAACGCAGGGCCAUGCACUGCGCUGCACUGUGAGAAAGAUAAAGGGGAGCAUCUGCUUCUGUGAUUUAAAGUCAGCGCUGUGAAGGCUAAGCAGCCUUUAGCUAUUUGCUGGAAGUGAACCCCAUCCUGUUGCUGCCUCAGGCAGUGCCUGGGCUGCUGCUGCCUGUCAAAGGAUCUGCUCACACAGCUCUGUGUUCAUUCUGCUCUGUGCAGUGAUCUUCUGAAGCCUCUCAAUACUCAGCCUGGCACCAGGGCAAAGGGACACGCAGAGCUGAAGGCUGAGCAGUGGGACAUACCCCGGGUUUCUGACUCUGCCUGGGCACAGAGUGUAGCUCUGCUCCUCCUGUUACUGCUGCCUUGUACAGCCAGUCCACGCUGCUCUGAAGUAGUGAGCCUGACAUAGCUGUGAGUUGUGGUGUGCCAUUCCUUGUGUAUUUGCACCAGGGAUGCAUCGCACACAGCACGGCUGCUAAUGGGAUACAAUAUGGAUGUGUGCUCUUAGGCUGCAGCAGUCUGCAUGUCCAGGUAGUAUGACCACUGCAUAGAGAUGAUGUAACCCAAAAAGGACUGACAGCUUGCUUUAUGGCAUCCAUGGGCAGGGAGGGGAGGUGAUGUCCCACAACUGCCUGCAGAACAGCAGGAGGAGAGCAAGGGAUUGAGAGCUUUUGAAUACAUGGGGAAGCAGCCCCUGCUUGUAGCACGCUUCAGGAGUGCGUCUGCUGGAACCAGAGCUGGAACCCAGCAUGAAGUCACCACCUCCCUGCUGGCUGUGCUCACGUGGCUGCUCAGGGUGAUUUGUUUAUGGGAACAAGUCCCUAAUUGUUGCAAUUCAAACCACUUUGUAUAGUGUUUGCUUUUUGGUAUGUUGCAUCUGUGGUUGGAGGAAGGAUGAAAUAGGAAGGUUUGUCUCAUGGUGAUGGCGUGGAUUUGGGUUGCCUUAAGCUGGCUGGACACCCUUGGUGUGGGGGCAGCCCACAGAGCAGUGCAUGAGGGGUCUUUCCAGUGCUAUCCUGCAGUAAUGUAUGUUCAGUAUUGAGUACUGAGCUACUGAGAUAACAUCAUUUCUGUGAGGACAGGGGAGGACCGAAUUUGAUUGUUCUGCUUUGUCACUUGUAUUACUAACAGCUGUUGGACUUCAGGCCCAGCCCCAGACCCAUUUCUGCUGGUGCUGGGGUCUGCCCUGCGUUUCAGUGCUAAGGGCAGUGCAGUCUGAAAGAAGUCAACCAACAGAAUCUCUGUGUUUCUGCAACCAGAAGAGCACACAGUGCCCCUGCACACGCGGACAGCCCGAUUCCAGGAGCAGCCUGUGCCUCUUUGGACAGGCUUUGAUGCAGCUGGGCACCCGCUGUGAUGCAGGAGCUGCACUGAAACUGCAGGUGGAACUCUGAGAGCUGCUGGUUUUGCAGUCAUAGGUGUCAGAUAUGGGGAGGGCAGAUGGCAGGCAGAGGGAGAAGGGUAAUUUAUUGCAGGACUCAGCCUCCACCGGCUGGAAGGGACUCACGUGGCACAUCAAGACCAACUCCACAAUCACGAUCAGAGUUUAACUCAGCCUUGCUGAUCAAUAAGCAACUGAUCUUUUUGAAAGAAUCUACAAUAGCAGAAUUUAAUGUUUAAUGUUCCUGAGCAUAUUUUUGCAAUACAAAAAGCUGUUCUCCUUUUUCUCAGGCCUUUAAAGGGGCAGUUUCCAAUGCAGCAUUGAAUGUUGCUGGUGGGGCAGGAGCUGUGCCUGGAGGUGAGGGCUGUGGUCUGAACUGAGGAUGGGGACAUUGUUGGAGCAGGUGCAUGUGGCUCGAAUCUGUUGUCAGUGUCACAGGGAGCUGCUGACUGCGGCUGUGCCCAAGUGCCAGGGAUGCCUCCCAGGCACAUGCUGUUGUUCAGCUUCGGCAUUUGCCUGUACUUUUGGGCAGAGCAAAGGGAGGUGUCCUCGUGACUGGCAGAGGUAAUGUGAGCCCAUGGCUGUGUCCAGGAACAAAGCUGCCCCAUUUCAUUUCCAUCCCAGCUGCAGCUGCUGGGUGUCACUCUGCCCCUCUCUCAAAACAUUGCCUAUCCCUUCUUCCAAAGUGUCCCCUUCCUUUAGCUGAAGGCUCAGCUUCCACUGACAUCAGCUCUGGUGGGGCUGUACCUCAGGUAUGGCGUUGUCUGGUUCUGGGCCCCUCACAGCCAGGCAGACAUGGAGGCUCUGCAGUGUGUGCAGAGAAGGGCAGUGGAGCUGUGGGGUCAGGAAUGUAAAUCUCGUAGGGAACAGCUGAGCAUUAUGAUACCCUUCUGCCAAGAGGCUCUGAACUAAGUUGCUCACUGUGCUCAUCGUCUCCUCCCGUUUGUCCUCAUGCUGUCACCUUGUUUCAAGGGAUACCUUUCAACUCUUGCCUUCAAAAAAUCUGUGGGCAUCUGUGGCCUGUUCUGCAUCGGCUACUCGAGAUCUUACAGAUCACUGUCUCUUCCCUCCUUAAUCAGCCAGAAUUCCACCUGGUUGCAUCACUCCAUGUGUAGAAGCUGUCACCCACCCCUUAACCACACGCACAGACCUUCCCAGCUCACUGCUGUCCACAGUGUGAUCUCUGUAUUAAAAUGAAGCCUACAUUCUUCAUGCUUCUAUGUUUUGCCUGGAACCUGGAUGCACUGAAGCCAGUUUUUCAGGAACCUGCCAUUCCUGCAGUGCAGAUCAGGUUGUUCUGGCCAGACACCACCCGACACCUUCACCAUCCCAACGUUCCAUUUUUAACCACCUCAACUGUUCUACCAAAAAUGUCUUUUCCUUUUCUCCCUGCUUGCUAAUAACACACAGCACUGAUAUGUGAAUGGAAUGCAGCUAGGAGUGUACCCGUCAGAGUUACAUGGAGUUACAUGGAAUAACUGCUCUGUUACCCAGCUUCCUCAACUCAGUUAAUACUGGUCACAUCGCCUAUAGCAGACAGCUAAUAUUUCUCACUAGAAUGUUGUAUAGAAACAAAUCAAGUGACCUACAGGAGUCCAGGCAUGUUGUAUGUAUGUAGUCAGCCCUGUUGAGUGCUUGCAGGCUUACAAACUAAGGAAAAAAACAGCAAAUAAACAAAACCCCAAACAUUUGUAAGUAACCCUUUUGCUUAGAAAGAACGAAUGCUGCUAUUGGCGGCUCUGGCUUUCACUGAUUUACCCUGAGUGUCCCUUGGCUGUUUACCUGGGACUGCUGGGAUCUAUGCUGAAGUAACUGCUCUCUAUUUCUUGGAUAUCUGUGAACUCGUUAGCCAAUUAAAAACCCUCAGAUGCAAGUUACCUUCCGACAGACUACAGCGACUGUUACUUCAUUCCUCUUCAGUGUCUUCCCUAAUCACUGACAGAAUAGGUGGUGUACCACUGCCACUGUGAAACAUGCGUAUCAUCCAUUGCUAUUGCCCCAAAAACAGACCAAGAAGAUGGACCAGCUUCUUGUUUUCACACCCGGCAUCCUGUGGAGGUGCCCAGACACUGUGAGCAUUUGUUACCCUGGAGUCUGUAUUUAAAAAGAUAAAGCAGAAAGGAAUUGGUGAGUGUUCAGAGAAGAGCCGUGAGCAGAUGCUGGAUUGCCAGCAACGCACGGCAGUGCAGAUCUGGGCAGGGUGGUGGGUUACACGUCACGGUCAACUCCUGGGGGCCUGUGUGCAGUCCUGGGCACUGCAGGCAGAGAUGUGAUGGUGCUCUGCCAGCACAGCCCCACUACACCUCCUGGUGGCACGGGGAGUGUGGGGCAGGUGCGGAUCUUCAGCAUCGCCAGCCCUUCUAACUGGCACUUGGAGAUAAGACGAGGUCCAAUGCUGGAAAUGGAAGCUGGGCAAAAAAAAAAA